AUGUUCCAGCUGAGCUCCUUGGUCCUCUAUGACCAUUGAUUCUUCGCUUCCAAAAGUCCACAACAACAACCAAACAGCCCAGCUAAAAUAUCAGUAUUCUUAAAUAGAAUUCAUUUAUAAAAAAAAGAAAAUGAAAAGGAGAAAUCCUACCACCUAUAAAAGUCAAGCCUGGGAGAGAUAGAGUGAAAACAGAGGAAGUUAGAAACGGAGAAGGAAAAAAAAAUGGAGAAGUUUCAGAUCUGGUUGACCUUUGGAACCUUGGCCUUGUUAUUGGCAUCAGCGUUGGCCGACGACGUUGUUGUACUAACCGAAGAAAACUUCGACAAGGAAGUUGGUCAAGACAGUGGAGCUCUCGUCGAGUUCUAUGCUCCUUGGUGUGGUCACUGUAAGAAGUUAGCUCCCGAGUAUGAGAAGCUUGGGGCAAGUUUUAAGAAGGCUAAAUCCGUCUUGAUUGGAAAGGUGGACUGUGAUGAGCAUAAGAGUUUAUGCAGCAAAUAUGGUGUUCAGGGCUACCCAACUGUUCAGUGGUUUCCCAAAGGCUCUUUGGAACCUAAAAAGUAUGAAGGACCACGAACUGCAGAGUCCCUUGCUGAGUUUGUCAACAGUGAAGGAGGGACCAAUGUGAAGAUAGCCACAUUGCCAUCCAAUGUUGCAGUGUUAAAUGCUGAUAAUUUUGAUGAGGUUGUCCUUGAUGAGACCAAAGAUGUGUUGGUUGAGUUUUAUGCACCUUGGUGUGGCCAUUGCAAAAACCUUGCUCCUACCUAUGAAAAGGUAGCGACAGCAUUCAAAAUGGAAGAGGAUGUAGUGAUAGCUAAUCUAGAUGCUGACAAACAUAAGGAUUUAGCUGAAAAGUAUGGGGUAAGUGGGUAUCCAACAUUGAAAUUCUUUCCAAAGGGCAACAAAGCUGGGGAAGACUAUGAUGGUGGCAGGGAUCUAGCUGAUUUUGUUACUUUCAUCAAUGAGAAGUGUGGCACCAGUCGUGAUGCAAAAGGGCAGCUGACUUCAAAGGCGGGUAUUUUGUCAAGUUUGGAUGCGUUGGUGAAGGAGUUUGUGGCUGCUGGCAAUGAUGAGAAAAAAGCAAUCAUCUCUAAGAUUGAAGAGGAAGUUGAGAAGCUUAAGGGUUCCACUGAGAGGUAUGGAAAGAUAUACUUGAAAGCUGCUAAAAGCUGUAUGGAGAAAGGUGCUGAUUAUCCCAAGAAGGAAAUUGAGCGGCUGCAGCGCAUUGUAGACAAGUCAAUAAGCCCAGCAAAAGCUGAUGAAUUCACGGUCAAGAAGAAUAUCUUAUCAACAUUUGCAUGAACUUGUUAGAUCAGUGCAUUUUACUUGUCUAUUUUAGGGCACUGGUGGGGUCAAUUUUCAACUUCAUCCAGGUUUUUGAGUAUUGGUUUUCCUCCCAGUGCUGGGAUCUAGUGUUUCAUCUAAUUUUAAUCUCUGAAGGGAUCUUUCAGCACAGCAAUGGCUAAGCCUUGACAUGAAUUAAGCACAUGCGUGCAGUAGUAGCAGUAGUCGAGAACUUUUUUGUGAGAACUACAACUAGCUAGUGCGGUGAUUUAAUCCGUCAUUUCUUCGAAUUUGUGCCUUUUUUUUUUUCCAGUGACAGAUAGAUUUACUUCUUAAAU